UGCUCCCACGUGAUUACGUACAACGGCGAGAAGCAACUAGAUAUAUACCCCAGAAAGAGGGUUACAUGCUACACGUCACCUCACUGAUCCCUAGACGAUGACUGAGCAAUUCAGAUUUGAUGGGAGCGCGUCAGCCAGUGUCGAUGCUUACUUGGAGUAUCGACGAAUAGUUGGUGACGACGACGGAGGGCGUCUGAUGUCACCAGAAGAGUAUGAGAGAUACAAGCGAGACGUGUUGCCGAUUCGAACGAAAAACCGGCUGUACGUGAGCUGGACUUCUCCCACCGGCAUGGACUGUAAACUGAUUGGUCCAGAAACGAUGUGCUUUUGCCAACACAGAUACAAGCAGCACAAAACCGAUUUCAAGGAGUUACCGUCGUCGCGACCGAUUCUGGUCAACUGCCGAGUCAAAGGGUGUUCGUGUUUCUCAUAUACUUAUGCUCCCAUGAAUGGCACCCAGUCUGUUCGAUGUCACUGCAAGCAUUAUGCAUCCGAUCAUGGGGCCAUGGCUCCUCAUCGGUGUACGUUAAGUGCCUGUUUGUGCAAAGGUUUUCAGACAUCGUUUACCUGUGGGUGUGGCUACAAAAGCAGUGAACAUCAAACAGUCGUUGAGACACGUGAAGAGAGGAAAGAACGAGGUCAUCCUGUAGGACAGGAAGGAGUGCCAUAUGCUGCUAUGGGAGGACUAACGGGUUUCAGUUCCCUAAUGGAUGGAUAUUUGAGACUGGAUGACAGCGGCAUUGGGGCACCAAGUAAAGAAUGGCUGGAAGAACCAAGAAGAUCACGUAGCUCAACUAAACAGCAAUUGAAGUCUUAGUGAAAUAUUGAGUAGUUAAUUGAGAUUAAAAACUCGAGGAAUUCGCGUAGACUUGUGAAGAACGUGUGGUUUUUGGCUGUUGAUCAUAACUAGAACAAACGUGUUUUGACUGUCUUUUUUCA